UGGUGGGGGACCACUUCUGACACAGGAAAGUAGAGAGGCGUUUGGUCUGGGACUGGAAUAUUUUAUGGAUGAAUAAGUGCUCUGAAAGGCAAAAGUGAUAAAUCGAAUGUACGUCGAGGCAAUAAUGUGCUCAUCACAUAUUCAACUACCUCAUUUACUUCUCUUCUUAUUAAUUGUUCUCAACAAUUAUCUUCUUACGUUCCUAUUUGUUUGGCCAAUUCUAUAACAACACUUCACUCGCACCAGCUCCUAUUGCCUGUCCGCCGGUUACUAAUUACUUCGGCGCCGUCGUCAGAGCCCAUCCUUCUGCUGCAGACCGGCGACACAAGUGGUUCAAUUAUCCACUCAUAUUUAAGAGAGUCAGAGCUUCUUCACCAAAGUGCUUGGUGCCCAGUGGAUGCGUAUCUCUGGUUCAGGUUUCGUGCAUCCCAGAGAAUGAAGAUUUUUUCAGCCAAGGUCGAGGAAGGAAGAGAAGGUCACAAUGGAAAGCCCACCGUCGGUCCCGUGUACUGCAACCUUCUCUCCAAAGAUCGGUUUCCUCCCAUGGAUCCCGAUUUAAACACCGCUUGGGAUAUUUUCGAGUUGUCUGUCAAGAAGCACCCCGGGAACCGAAUGCUGGGAUGGCGUCCAGUCGUCGAUGGAAAGAUAGGGCCUUAUGCUUGGAAGACGUACAAGCAAGUUUAUGAUGAAGUUCUGGCCAUUGGCUCUGCUCUACGAGCUUCUGGUGCCGAACCUGGCUCUCGAAUUGGAGUUUAUGGGUCUAACAGUCCCCAGUGGAUUGUGGCAAUGGAGGCUGCCAGUGCUCACAGUUUAAUUUGUGUGCCUCUCUAUGACACCCUCGGGCCUAGUGCUGUGAACUAUAUCAUAGAUCACGCAGAAGUAGAUUUUGUUUUCGUCCAAGAUAAGAAGGUUGCAAAACUUUUGGAUUCUGAUUGUAAAUCUGCUCAGCGACUGAAAGCUGUGGUGUGCUUCACUUCACUAACGAAGGGAGAGAAAGAUAUGGCAUCUAGCAUUGGAGUGAAGCAAUAUUCAUGGGAUGAGUUCUUGAGCAUGGGGAAAGAAAAUCCGUCAGACGUUGUGCCCCCUCAAUCUCAUAGCAUCUGCACAAUAAUGUACACGAGUGGGACCAGUGGACAACCUAAAGGAGUUGUUUUAACGCAUGAGAAUAUAGCAGCACUCGUAAGAGGAAUGGAUCUUUUCAUGGAACAGUUUGAGGAUAAGAUGACUGUCGAUGACGUGUAUUUGUCUUUUUUGCCCUUGGCCCACGUACUUGAUCGGACAAUUGAAGAGUACUUUUUCCAUAAGGGUGCAUCUGUGGGCUAUUACCAUGGGGAUCUUAAUGCACUGAGGGAUGACUUAAUGGAGUUGAAGCCCACAUUGUUCGCUGGAGUCCCGCGUGUUUUUGAAAAAGUUUACGAAGGAAUCAAGAGUGCAGUGGCGGAACUCAAUCCAAUAAGGAGAACAGUAUUCGGAUGGCUCUAUAAUUACAAACUUGGUUGGAUGAAGGAAGGAUAUAAACACAGCGAAGCAUCACGUUUGGCAGAUCUCUUGGCCUUUAGAAAGGUCAAAGCUCGGCUAGGGGGACGUGUUCGGCUUAUAAUAUCUGGAGGUGCAGCCUUGAGCACUGAGGUCGAAGAAUUUUUGCGCGUAACUUCUUGUGCCUUUGUAUGUCAGGGCUAUGGUCUGACUGAAACUUGUGGGUCAACUACUCUGGGAUUUCCUGAUGAAAUGUGCAUGAUCGGUACUGUUGGAGCUGUGUCCGUAUACAAUGAAUUACGGCUAGAGGAGGUUCCAGAUAUGGGCUACAAUCCUCUGGGAACUCCUCCAUGCGGUGAGAUAUGCGUCAGGGGCAAAACUGUAUUUACCGGAUACUACAAGAAUCCCGACCUGACCCGAGAAGCCAUUCAAGAUGGCUGGUUCCACACAGGGGACAUAGGAGAAAUGCUUCCUAAUGGCGCUGUCAAGAUCAUUGAUAGGAAGAAGAAUCUGAUAAAGCUCUCUCAAGGAGAGUAUAUUGCUCUGGAGCAUUUGGAGAACAUCUAUGGAAUCACUCCAAUUGUUGAAGAUAUAUGGGUUUAUGGGGAUAGCUUCAAGUCAAUGCUGAUUGCAGUAGUGGUACCGAAUGAGGAAGUGACCAAGAAAUGGGCAUAUUCAAAAGGCCACACUGUUCCUUUCUCACAGCUAUGUGGUCUUGACCAACUGAAGAAACAUGUGCUGUCUGAGCUCCACUCUACUGCUGAGAGGAAUCAGCUCAAGGGCUUUGAACGCAUCAAAGGAGUGAUUUUGGAACCCCUUCCAUUCGAUAUGGAGAGAGAUCUAGUGACUGCCACGUUGAAAAAGAAAAGAAAUAUCCUGCUUAAAUAUUACAAGGAGCAAAUAGAUGCACUAUACCAAGAUUUGUCGGGAGAUAAGAAUAAAAGAUAAAGGCCAUUUGUGCUAGUCUAAAUAAGCCACGUGUACUUUUCUUUUUAUGUCAGAUCAAACUAUGUUUUGUAUUCUCUUAAAUUAUAUUCAAUGCAUUGCGUGGUAAGUUGUAACUAAAGAUCAGUGAUCACGCAUUGUAAACGCAAAAAAAAAAAAAAAAAGUG